GGUCUGUGGUCACACUGACGACAGCAGCUUUCUCUCAUACAGGAAAACACCUUCCACAGUUUGCUGCUGCAGCAGCCAAUCUGCAGCAGCAACCGAAUCCAACGCACCCGCGGAGCCCAGGAGAACCGGGCCACGUUCCCAGGGGCCCAACGCGGGGUCUGAGAGCCAGAGACGGUACGGAUCAGCAGGUAAAGAAGGUCUAACUUGACUCUGCUGAGAUCAGAAGUAGAUCGGAUAACGAGGAGAGGCUCGGAGUCUAAAAGGAGAACGGAGGGGCAGUUUGUUCUGACAGAUGUUUCACUCUGGUGAUUAUUUUAACAUGUUUCUGAAGGUUAAUUUCCACAUGCAAAUAAAUGAUGGAAAAACAUGGCAGAGGAACCUGGAAGGUCCAGGAAGAAGAAACAUUAAACCACAAACAUUCAACCAAUCAGAUCACUGGACCAGUUCAGGAGUUUACUGGUUUAAUGGGGAUGUUUCAGUUUCAGCUCACUGACUGGAAGUCAAUGAUGUGUUACUGGGAAAUUGAGCAUAAAUUAGGAGGUGUGUGAAGAUGUGUUUGUACAGAGAGAAGUGAUGAAGAGAUAAAAUGAAGGAAUAUGCAGAGUAGCGUGCAGAGGGAUGAAGAUGGAGCCGUCGUCUCACCUGCAGCAGCCAUCAAGUCCUCAUUUCUCUGUUUACGGUAAUUCUGGGUCAGUUUUAGCGUCACUCUGUGGCCGAAGCAGAACCUCUGCUGGUUUUAACCUGAAGACUCUGUGUCUUCGCUGCAGCUGUGAACCUCAGUUUGUCUCUUUGAGGGAGUUUUAAUGAAUUUUCCUAAAUAAAACUUUAAUUUGGAGAGUUUCAGAUUUAGAAAACUUCCUGCACUUCCUUCCAGUCUGAGUGAUUCAUUUUGCUCUGAUGAGUUUAAACCUGAUUCGUCACCUCAGAUCAUUUGCUGUUUUUAACAAAGUUUCCCCGUCUGACACAUAGCAGCCGACGGCUUCCUGACAUGUGCGUCCGUCUGAGCGAGUGGGACAGUGAUGAGAAAUCGGGCAGAAUGAGCGUUUUCAGUGGCUUCUGCUGCUGGUGACCUUUAACCCACGGCUGUCUGGAACGCGUCACUGGUGGAAAAUCGCUGAUCGUUGUGUUCAGUGGCAUAUUUAAGGGUUUUACAGAACGUAAGGAGGAGACGCUCUGUUUCACCUCGACGUGCCGAAAAGCUCGUCUGAGACCACAGAGGCUUCAUCUGCAUCCUGUCAGACUCUCGGCUCACUUCUUCUUCUCCCCUCAGCAGAAACCGAUCUGAUCACACGUUCAUCAUCUGCAGUGCCUAUAAAAAGAGUUUUAUCUUUUCAUUGCCUUUUAAAGUCAAUCAUGAUAAACUCUGGUGUCAAAGUGAAAACUGUUUUGACAAUUAAAUAAAAGCGUGGAGUAUAAGACAAGUGAUUUCAUAAAUAUGUACUCCAGACAUAAACUUUAUUUUGUUUCACCAUGCAGUCUCUUCCCGCGUGCCUUUGGGCAAACUCUAGUCCAGCCUUGAUCCAGCAAAGCAGAAAGUGAAGCUGCAUGUAGCUGAGCAGAAGAAGACCAACCUACAAUCACGACGGAGGACCUGCAGAGAACCCAUGCAUCGUCAACGACCAGAUGGGCCCCUUCAUCGUCCUCUACAUCCUCAUCUUCACCUUGGGCCUGCCUGGGAGCCUGCUGUCCAUCUGGGGGUUCAUCCAAAGCCGCAGGUCUCAGCAGAAGCAAAGCACCUACGUCUACCUGGUCAACCUGCUUGUGGCCGACAUCCUGCUGCUCUUUGCCCUCCCAUUUAAGAUCCUUAAGGACCUCGGCUCAGCAUCAUGGAAGCUCAUGGUGUUCCACUGCCAGGCCAGCGGCGUCAUCAUAUACAUCAGCCUUUACGCAUCCAUUGCCUUCCUUGCCUUCAUCAUCGUAGACCGCUACCUGAAGGACCACCACACGGCGCGCUCUCUGCGGCUGCAGGAGUCCAGCUUCGCCUGGCUGUUGACGAUGGUGGUCUGGAUCUUGCUGCUGCUUAUCAUGGUGCCCAAUAUGGUGCUUCCCACAAAGGACUACAAGGUGACAAAGUACCUCAGCUGUUCAUCUUUGAAGGAGAAAAUCAGCCUCCACUGGCACACUCUGACCGUGUUUCUCAACACGGCCCUCUUCCUCAACGCCUCUGCAGCCGUGCUCAUCUCCAGCGCCCUGGCCCUCAAAAGACUCCUGCACAGUCACAGCGACCCCAAACUGUGGCUGGAUGCCAGGAGGGUGGUGCUGAGUGUGACGGCAAUGGCGCUGGCCUACACCCUCAGCUUCGUUCCCUACCAUGUGGUGCGGACGCCGUACACUCUGGCCCAGGCUGAGGUCAUCAAGAACUGCCAGACCAAGAGGCAGCUGUUUCUGGGGAAGGAGUCCACACUGUUCCUGAGCCUGCUCCACGUCUGCCUCGACCCGCUUCUCUUCUUCAACCUGGAUGCUGCGUUCAGAGAAACAGUCAGGAGGCUCUUUCGCCGCAGCAGAAACCAGGCCGCUGAAGCAGAUCAGCAGGUUGUGCAGGAAGUGAUGCUGCCAAAAGUUCAUGCAGAGGAGGAUACUGCGGUCUAAUCACAGGUCUACAAAGACAAUGAGCAACAUUGCAGAUGCUGCAGCAGAUGUUCAAGAAACUGGAUGUUUUUGGUAAUUCAAGAACAAAGACCGACUUUUGGGGCAUUGUGUGGCGCAGUGGUUAGAGCUGCAGUUCGUAUUCAGACACUUCGGACCUCAACAUGGCCGUCUUGAGUUCGAGUCCUCACCCCCCGCCCCGGACUUUUUUCUUCUCAACAGGUUUAAGAUGGUUGAACUGGAAUACUACCAGGACUUAACUGGUAAUAAAGACGAUCCUGUAUUUAUAUUGUUUUUCUUGCACUGUCUGCACUGCCUUUGGAGCUGACUCUUUAGCAGAGAAUGGAUUCACCCUCCAGAUCAACAUCACAACCCUGAGACGUGAUUACUGGUGAACAAUUCAGGAGAUUGUGAGACUGUUCAGUGAAUCGUUCAUAAUUUAAGUGCAAUCAUUUAAUUUCAUUGUUUUUAUGUAGUUCCUGGAGCUGCAGUCAGCGGUGAAGAAACAGUUAAAUGCAUUCAUCUGCUUGAUGUGUGAUGGCUUGUUGAAUAUUAAACUAAAUUAAAUGCAA